AUGGCGACCAAGUCAGCAGCCCGUCUUGCGCCCCGAGCCAUUGCGCGGACAUCGCCCUUCGCCCACCCGCAACAGCCGAGACGUACAUUCUUCAGCCUCCCCUCCACCGAACCCCAGACCCUGACCGCCCACCGCACCCUCCCCUACGCCGCCCCGGCCCUCUACGAGAUCAUCGCUGACAUCGACUCCUACUCGCGCUUCCUGCCGUACUGCGCCGUCUCGCGGGUGACCUCGUGGUCCGAGCCUUACCCGCCACAGAAAGAGCGCCGGUACCCGAGCGCCGGCACCCUGACGGCCGGCUGGAGUGGGCUGCAGGAGACCUACUCGAGUCGCGUCUUCUGCGUCCCGAGCCUGGGCAUCGUGGAGGCCAUCUCGGGGGAUGCCGUGGCCUCGAUUCCAGCCUCGGAACUGCACAAGUAUGGCCUGAGGGAUCCGGGCCCGGGGACGUCGAGCGGCGCGGGCGGUGCGCAGGAGGGUACGUUCAAGAGCCUGGUCACCCGGUGGACGGUACGCCCGCUCGAGCAGAAGAGGGCAGACGGACAAGAGUGGAGUCAGGUUGAUCUGAGCAUACGCUUCCAGUUCGUGAACCCAUUGUUCGCCGCUGUGAGCUCGGCUGUUGCAGACAAGGUUGCGCCUAUCAUGGUCGACGCCUUCGAGAAAGAGGCCCGAAGAGUUCUGGGGCCGAAGUAG